GCCCGACUCUCCCGACUCUCCUCGAUAGACGUUAUGCCUUCGUGAAGCCUUGUCGUCAACUGCAGCGGAAGUAUCAAUGGACGCUGAGCUCAACCAGUCAGCAUCUGCCGCCCUUCAUCAGCCUUCCUCUUAUCCCGACCUCCUUUUGCGCACUCAGUCCCUGGGUCCCUUCAGACAAACAGAAGCGAAGACUCUUGAAUAGCCAGCGGACCUCCCCGAGCUUGGACUGCUUCUGGAUUUAUGCCGGUGCUGGACCUCGCUCGGCGCUUCACGAGCGACGAAAGCGGGGACAAGGGUGCACCUGCGCUCACUGGAGCUCACAUCAAGGACGAGGGCUAGAGAUAAAUGACGGUGAGCACUUUCCUACAAAGUUUUCAGCAUGCAAACCGUCGUGCUGCAAACGUCUGUCGCAGCGCAGCGCAUGCCGCAGGUGGGCAGAGCGCACAGUGUUCACCCGCCUUGCGCGCGCCGUACCGACCUGCCCGGAAUUCCCAUCUACGCUCUCGAUAUGCGCUGCAGCCAGCAUAUAUGCGGCGCGCAAUUACCGUGAACGCCUUUCUCAGUCGAUUCCGAUGCUGACAUGUAUACUUUGGUAGUAUAAUCUCGGGAUUCUAUGCUCCC